UGUGCUUUUUAGAGAGAUUGAAAUCGGGUGUGGGUGUUCUUCUUCUUCUUCCUUUGGGUUUUUAGGGUUUCUUGAUCUGUGGUGUGAGGAUGAGUGAGAGGCAGACCGGAACGGUGAAGUGGUUCAAUGACCAGAAAGGGUUCGGCUUCAUCACCCCGGAGAACGGCGGCGACGAUCUCUUCGUCCACCAGUCUUCGAUCCGAACCGAAGGCUUCCGCACUCUCGGCGACGGCGAGUCCGUCGAGUUCCAGAUCGAGACCGACAACGACGGCCGCACCAAGGCCGUCGACGUGACCGGCCCCGAGGAAGGUCCCGUCCAGGGACGCGGAUCCGGUGGAGGCGGAGGAGGUCGCGGCGGUGGAGGCCGUGGCGGCGGGAGAGGAGGCCGUGGAGGCGGAGGUAGCUAUGGCGGUGGCGGUAGCUAUGGAGGCGGCGGCGGCUAUGGCGGCGGCAGCGGAGGUUAUGGUGGCGGUGGAGGCGGUGGGAACUGCUUCAAGUGCGGUGAGGCCGGGCAUAUGGCGAGGGACUGCUCCGAGGGAGGUGGAAGCUACGGCGGUGGAGGCCGAGGUGGUGGAGGCUACGGCGGUGGAGGCCGAGGUGGUGGUGGAUACGGAGGAGGAGGCGGCGGCGGUUCUGGUGGAGGCUGCUUUCAGUGUGGGGAGUCUGGUCAUUUCGCAAGGGAGUGCCCUAACAGAGGUUGAGUCUCUCUGGGGGUAAAAUGGUCUUUUAUUAAAAAGAAGCUAGUCUAUUUUUCUGCUGUGUCGUUUUAGGGUCCGGGGUUCAUGAAUGCUGGCUCCUUUUCAAGUCUAGAGUUUGCCCUACAUGCACCCCUGUGUGUUUGUAUUGGGUUGCUUUUGUGGGUCAGCAUCUUUUGUUUCUAAGAAAAAAAAUGGUUAUGAAUUUGAGUCUGGGUUUGAUGAUGUAUUAUCUUUCGGAGUGUUUUAAGUCGGUGAUAAUUAGGUCGGUCUUUUGGUACUUUUGGGCAGAAUGUGGAUUAUGUUUUGUGGUCGAUGGAUGAUUUCAUACACAGUAAUAUACUCUGCUCUUUAGCUAUAU